AUGGAAGAGGCACUCCUCAGCUCCCGUGCCUUUGAUCCUGGGAGGGUCCUGCCCAUAGCAACUGAGUGGAAAGCUUUGCUGCCCUCACACCGCGAGUCCAAAAUUGCCAGGAAAGAAGAUGAUAGUGGACUCCCUGGAGUUGUGAGCCUGGACGCGUUUAGCGACACGUUUGGUGCACAGCUGUCUGGAAACAGGACAGGGAUGCUCACUGCCUUGUUUGAAGACUUCAAGACGAAUUUU